AUGGAGGUGUCCAUUUCAUUUGGCAGAUUUGAGAAUGACACACACACCUGGGAAAAAUGGUCGCUUUUCUCAACAAACAAGCAUUUAGACGAAAUCGUACGCUUGUCGAAACCCGGCUCGGUUGCCCAAAAGACGGCCUAUUUCGACGAAUACUACAAAAAGAUUGCCGCGGCUAGAAAAGCCAAGGAGCUUGAGCUAGCUAAAGAGCUCGAGAAGGAAAAAUCGGCGAAUGCUAAUUUAAGCGUAGACGAGCCAAGAACAUGCAAUCACGUCCGAAAAUCAUCGGGGUAUAUUGGUGUGGAUUUCGGCUUAUUUAACGGUGAUAGAUUGUUUGAUAAAGUUAUUAAUGAGGUGAAAGGUCGUAGUUCGGGGUCUUGCGGGGUUGGUGAUAGCAAAACAAACUAUAAAAGAUUGAGUGGUCGAUUAGGGGAUGAGAUUCUUCGUAAGGGCUCUAAGAAGAAGGUGGAUACACUUUCGGAAAGAAAAAAUGGCGUCGAGAGAUCGACUUUGUCGAAAACUGAGAAUUCUAAAAGAUUGAGUAGUAGAUUAGGGGAAGAGAUUCUUCAUAAGGGCUGUAAGAAGACGGUGGAGAAACUUUCGAAAAGAAAAAGUGGCGUCGAGAGAUCGACUCUACCAGAAACGGGAAAUUCUAAAAGAUUGACUGGUAGAUUAGGGGAAGAGAUUCUUCAUAAGGACUCUAAGAAGACGGUGGAGAAACUUUCGGAAAGGAAAAAUGGCGUCCAGAUAUCGACUCUGCCAAUAAUGGGGAAUUCUGAAAAAUUGAGGGGUAGAUUAGGGGAAGAGAUUCUUCAUAAGGAUUCUAAGAUGACGGUUGAGAAACUUUCAGAAAGGAAAAAUGGCGUCGAGAGAUCGACUCUGCCAAUAAUGGGGAAUUCAAAAAAAUUGAGUGGUAGAUUAGGGGAAGAGAUUCUUCAUAAGGGCUCUAAGAUGACGGUUGAGAAACUUUCGAAAAGGAAAAAUGGCGUCGAGAGAACGACUCUACCGAAAACGGGGAAUCCUACGAGAUUGAGUGGUAGAUUAGGGGAAGAGAUUCUUUACAAGGGCUCUACAAAGACGGUUGAGAAACUUUCGAAAAGAAAAAAUAGCGUCGAGAGAUCGACUCUGCCGAAAACGAGGAAUCCUAAUAGAUUGAGUGGUAGAUUAGGGGAAGAGAUUCUUCACAAGGGCUCUAAAAAGACGGUUGAGAAACUUUCGGAAAGGAAAAAUGGCGUCAAGAGAUCGACUCUGCCGAAAACGGGAAAUCCUAAUAGAUUGAGUGGUAGAUUAGUGGUAGAGAUUCUUCAUAAGGGCUCUAAGAAGACGGUAGAGAAACUUUCGGAAAGGAAAAAUGGCGUCGAGAGAUCUACAAUAAGGAAUUCUAAGUCGAAUGCUCGUGGAAUAGGUGGAAUGGAUCAAAAGGUACCUCCAACAGCAAAGGGAAGAAACCCGAGCAUGGCCGAGAAGAAAGUUGUGCCACAUGCAUUGCCUGCAUCCACUCCUAGACCUAAGACGACAACUUUAGCAACCUUGUCCGACUCGAAACCAUUAAAAAAUAAGGCAAAUCCAACUAUAAGAGAAAUAAAUUUAGGUUCGACCGAGAAGAAAGUUGUACCAUGUUCUACGCCGUUGUCGACUCAUGUUCAUGCAAAGGCAAAAUCGACAACCUUAUCCGCCGAAAGCCCGUUGAAAAACAAGGCGAACUUGUCGCCCUUGCGAAAAAUGAGUAAUCUUCUCAAAAGUGAAAAAACAAGCCAAAAGGUAACUCUAAAAAAGGAACGAAAUUCGACCGUGACGAAGAACAAAGUCGGGCCACAUGCAGUGUCGGUUUCCGCUACUAAACAACCAAAGCCAACAUUAGCAUAUAAAACUUUAGCCAAACCAUCUGAAAAGAAGGUCCAAAGGCCGCUAAUUGAGUCGAACGCAAGUCAUAAAAAUCCAAAGGAAACUCCAACAAGAAAAUCUUCGCCUAUUCAAUCUAUUAAUAGAAAGUCUUCGAAAAUGGACAAAAUGGGAGAGAAGGACUUUGCUAAACGAACGGUCAAGACUUUGAAAGAUCGCACAAAUGGACCUUCGUCGCCCGACAAAAACUCUAAUACGCGAAAGCAGGCGACAUCUGCUAAAGCCGAGAUGAAAACAUCCAAUUCUCUCAUUGUUAGCAAGGAGAACAAAAGGUAG